AUGCAUCGUCUUGCUUUUCGUCUGCAGGUAUACUCUGCAGUGAGAACCUCUAUAGGAUGUAUACAUGCAUCGUGUCGACAAAGCACCAUAAACAGCAAAACAAAUUAUACACAUCGUCCAAAGUCUAUGGGAUUAAUUGAUGUCUUGGGUAAUGAAGAGAGUCCUUCCUCUUCUUCUUCCCCUUCCACUUCUUCUUGCUCUUCUUAUUCCACUUCUACAGAGGGUGAAACAAGUUCAAGCCAAGAAGGGUCUUGUGUAACUCUGCAACAGAUUCUGGAAGAUGUCAAAAAGGAUAAGACGAUAGAUGACAAUAAUAAUAAUAAUAAUAAUAAUAAUAAUAAUAAUAAUAGUGUUGGUAAUGGUAAUGAUAGUUCACAUGGUGGGAUAUCGUCUAGGAGUCGUGGUUUACUGUAUAAGGUACAAAUUGCUGAUCGAUAUGGUAUGCCUGCUGAACUCCCAUCGGGAUCUCCACAGACUUUUGAAGAAUUGAGUAGUUUAUGUGCAAGUGACUCUCUUCGUGAACAGUUGCAGCAAUUACUUCUCUCGCGUCGAUGGAGUGCGAUGACAGAUGUCCAGCGUACGGCUAUUCCAAUUAUAUUAGAGCAGCGCGAUCUUCUUUGUAUUGCACCAACAGCAACCGGUAAAACUUUCUGUUAUGUAUUUCCAUCCAUGUUACGUUUGGUUAUGGACGCAAGAUCUCAUGAUGAGAUGGGAAAAGAUAGUAAUAGUAGUAGUAAUGAUAAUGUGGAUAAUAAGGAUCUGUUAAAACGAUCUAAUGUUGAGGUGUUGUUAAAGGAUAAAAUAGCUAGAGGAGAGGUAUGUCGUUAUUGUGAACUCAACAUUGCGGAAGUAAAGGUAUGUCCAAUGACAGGUACAGUUCAUCCACCUAUUCCUGAACAAAUAGAUCAAUCAUUGCGUCCGGCUAUGCGAUUAAGUGAAUUAACAUCUGUAGCGGAACCAUUAGUACUUAUUCUUGUUCCUACAUCUCAGUUAGCUAUGCAGGUUUAUCAAUUAUGUAAUCAAUUGCAUGCGGAUUUUCGAGUAAAAUAUCUCGUACGUGCAUCUAGUGCAGAAGAGCAAAAACGUCAUUUAAUAGCUUUACAAGGAUGUGAUGUAUUAAUCACAACACCUGAAACUAUUUUACCUGCUCUUUACAAACAUAAACUUUCUCUUAAGCGGGUAAAGACACUUAUUCUAGAUGAAGUGGAUGAUUUAGUCUCUGUAAAUCAUUUUGAAAAGGUUAAAAUUAUACUUGGAGCCCUUCCUAAAGGUCAUAAGCGACCACAACGAUUAUUGUUUGGUGCCUCUCUUCCUCCUGUGGCGUAUCAGAUGAUUAAAGAACAAAUGCUUUUACCCUCUCAUCGUUUUGUUCUUGUUGAUAUUAAAACAGACAAACUUGGACAUCCAUUAGUGGAGGGUCACUCUACCGCUACGGCAUCUAUUACACAUGUUGUUUUUAUGUUAUCACAAGUAGAGAAGAUGGAUAAGUUGGUGUGGCUCUAUAAAACUGGAAAACUUAGUGUAGAUCAGCGAACUCUUAUAUUUUGUAAUUCCCGUCAUAAUGUGGCUUAUGUCUGUGAACGACUACGUAGUCUUGUGCCCAAUCUACACAUCACCACCCUCACCUCCCGCACCUCUGCAACGGCUAAAAUAGGUACGAUGAAACUCUUCCGCAGUGGAGUUUCCACCUGUCUCAUCUGCACAGAUCUUCUCAGUCGCGGUAUUGACUUUCACAAUGUUGUCUACGUUGUCCAUUACGACACCCCGGCGGAGUUUGAGACGUGGAUCCACCGCACUGGCCGCUGCGGUCGCGGUGGAAUGCCGGGCUACUGCUACACCUUCUUUCAGCCGGAGAGUGUGCGGCUCGCAAAGCCACUGGUCGCCCAUCUACGGCAGACACGGCAGAUGAUUCCACCCAAACUGCAGGAGUACGCACGGCAGUCCAUUGUGGAUAUGUUUAAGAGUUCACUCUUUUAUCACCCAACACGGCCGUAUCGAUCGGGAGAUCCACAGCGACAACAUCCAGUGAUGGGCCGUGGAACCCCACGAUUCCCAGACUAUAAACAAGAGAAACUAAAUAAGAACUUUCGUCCGCUUUAA